AUGCCAGAGACACUUCGUAACCUUGGCAGUGUUGAGAUCAAGGACCUCAAUGACAAGCUCGUCCGCAAAAUGGACCUCAUCAUUCUACCCACUAUUGGGAUCCUGUACAUCCUGAACUAUAUCGACCGUCAGAACUUGGCCGCGGCCAGGCUGCAGGGCAUUACCGAUUCCCUCCACAUGUCCACUCAGCAGUUUGCUACGGUGGUUUCAAUCCUCUUCGUCGGUUAUUUGCCCUUUCAGAUUCCGAGCAAUCUCCUUAUCACGAAAAUCUCUAGACCUGGGAUGUAUAUUUGCUGUGCCGUGAUCAUCUGGGGCUCCAUCUCGGCUGCGACGGCAGCUGUCAAGACUUAUGGGCAGCUUCUUGCCGUCCGCACCAUUCUUGGAGUGGCAGAAGCCGUCUUCUUUCCCGGUGCCAUCUAUUACCUCUCAGCCUGGUAUACGAAAAAGGAGCUCGGGAAGCGCAUAGCUGCCUUGUAUAUUGCGCAGCAAGUUGGCAAUGCCUUUGGUGGGCUCUUUGCUGCUGCUGUUUUUCAGCUCGAUGGAAUCCACGGCAUACGCGGCUGGCAGUGGCUCUUCAUCAUCGAGGGUAGUGCUACAGUUGGCAUUGGUGCCAUAUGCGCGUGCUUCAUGCCCGAGUUUCCGCACAACAGCCGCAUUCUCUCUCAGCUUGAGAGAGACCUCGCUGUCUGGCGUAUCGAGUCUGAAGCUGGCGCAGCGGAGGGCACAGAGAAUGAGACCGUGCUGCGAGGGUUUGCCAAAGCUCUCUCCGAUACCAAGCUGCUGCUUCUCAUCUUCUGUAAUAUGCUCUCGCAAGCCCAGGGGUCCAUUGCCAACUACUUCCCCACGCUCGUCGCUUCCCUAAACUUCUCCUCUACAAUCAGUUUGCUCCUCACCGCACCACCCUACGUUCUGGCUGGCUUUGUCUAUUAUGUUCUCAUGUUCUACUCUGAUCGCAAAAACACGGUAUACCCUAUAAUUCUCCUUUGCAUUGCCAUCGCGUGCGUCAUGUACAUCAUUCCGAUGGUAACUCUCAAUGUUGGAGCGCGUUACUUUUCCAUGAUGAUCUUGCCUUUUGCAUCAGUCGGCCCUCAACUUCUCCUCUACAAGACGAUCAAUUUGCAUCUCGCACGGCCAGUCUCGAAGCGCGCAGCGGCAUCUGCUCUGGUCAACGCCAUUGGUGGCACCUCCAACAUCUGGGCUUCGUAUUUGUACUACGACCCUCCCCAGUUCUAUGCUGCAUUCGGAACCCUGAUGGGCUGUGCCCUGUUAUUCGCGGCCACCAUCACGCUCUACCGCUGGCUAGUUCUACGCGAAAACACGCGUCUGGACUCGGGCGACCCGGCGGAAAUUUCAAAGGUUAUUAAGAAUGGCGUCACGGAGGAAAUGGUGGCACUUAAAUGGCGCUAUGAGAUGUACUGA